UCAGGGGCAGCGGCACCAGCCCAGUUAGCUAACAGGGGAUUAAGGGACUUUAGUUAAUGAUGACACAUUUAUUAAUCAAAGAAAACGACUGGCGGCACACCGGCUUUUUCUCUCGGAGCUGCCCUGUUUCUUUGGGUAAAAGCAGCAGAGGCGACAACGUCGUUUUUUUAUCGAAACGGCAGCAGGUUCGCAGCGGGGUUUGCCCCAUAGCUAGCUAGGUUUGCUAACGUUAUCGGGCAUACGUAAAGUGAUAGACAUUGGCAGUAACGUUAUCCAGUAAAUCGAUAUUCUCCAACUUUCCGCUGCGAUUGAUUCACAGUUUGUUUUUGGUGUGAGAAUGGACGACACUGAAGAACAUUUAAUGAACGAGGAGGAAUCCGAUGGUUGCGACAAACCAUCGUCGUCGCCCUACAAUUCCCCUUUCCGCUCCACUCGACUACACAUCCAGAGGAGUAAUGUCUGCUCUCGGGCUUAUUUCGUUGUGGUCAUGGUCUUCUUCCAUGUGUACAUCCUGAAUGUUAUCGCCCUGCUGCUCUACGUGCACUACAACAACGGACCCGGGGAUCUUGUCAGUGGAGACGGUGCCCCUGCAGCAUCAGUCAGCGAGGGUGGGGGCACUUUGCCCCAUCCUGACCCAGCACCAAGGGAACUACAUGUGGAGGACUACAGUCAAAGUUUCAGUCUUCCUCGCAUUGAGGGGAUACGGGUGGGAUAUGUUCAGCAGGUGUCCCUUGUGCCAGACAGAACACAUGAGAUGAAGACUCUAAGCUUGAAACCUCUGCUAUUUGAGAUCCCUGGCUUCCUGUCUGAGGAGGAGUGCCGUGUGGUGGUGCAGCUGGCUCAGCUCAAGGGUCUGAUGGAGAGCCAGACACCAGCACCCAGCCAGGGACAAGAGGAGUCAAACCAGCCAUUACUUUCUUUCAGCACAGACGAGAUCUUCAGUCUGUUGGACCUGAACCAGGAUGGGUUGUUGCAGAAGCAGGAGAUUGUGAGUCACUCACGUUCUCGAGAUGGAACUUGGUUGAGCCCAGACAACUUACGGCAGAUACUCACUGGUCUGGAAGCCUGCCCAACAGGGAUUCUGACCUUGGAGGACUUCAGGCGUGUUUAUGAUGUGUCCCAACGCCCAGGACACCAGCGAAGUGGGAAGCUCCGGAGUCAGUUCAAACACAGAGGCAAACAUACAUGGCUUUACCAAGGCCUGGGAUCCCACCAUGUGCUGCAAACACUCAGGAACAGAGUAAUCAGCCUGACACGUCUGCCGUCUGCAUUGGUUGAACUGAGUGAGCCGCUGCAGGUGAUUCGCUAUGAGCAUGGAGACUUCAGUCAUGCCCACCACGAUAGCAGCCCUUCUCUUUCAGAGACUACCUGUGCACACACACGACUGGCAGGAAACACGUCUGCUCUCACAGAGGUCUCUUGCAGGUAUGUUACUGUGUCAUUCUACCUCAGCUCUGCGGAGGAAGGUGGCGAGACCACCUUUCCUGUGGCAGACAAUCGUACCUACGAAGAGCAGGCACUGGUCCAGGAUGGAGUUGAUUUGACAGACACCCAGGAGACAUGUGGCAGAGGAAACCUGAGAAUAAAACCUACUACUGGGACAGCUCUUCUCUGGUACAACCAUCUGUCUGACGGUAGAGGUUGGAUGGGUGAGCUAGAUGAGUAUUCCCUGCACGGUGACUGCCCAGUCAGGCGUGGGGUGAAGUGGAUGGCCAACAGCUGGGUAAACGUGGACCCAGACCAUCAGAUGCAGGCCCGCUACCAGAGACUAGUUGCUCAGAGGCAUCGAGCCAAGUCGGCCAUGGAGGAGCAUUACCAACCUCUCUCACACAGUGACCUCCACCAAGAUCUAUAGCCAGGCUUUUUUAAUGACUAGACAGAGUGACCAUCAAUUUAAAACAGAGUCAGUUUUGCAGCUAUGAAGCCUGUGAGGCCUGACAGACCUUUCCACACUAUCAGAGGCUGUAGGUAAAAUGAAAAAUGCACAAAAUCACAUCCCAGAUAUCUUCUCCUUUCAGUAAAUCUAUCUUGCAUUAUAUUUUUGUCUCUCAAACCACUGCUCAGAUACCCUUGUUUACUUAAUCAACCGUAUUGUAAUGCGAAGUCUUGGAAACAGCCCAGAACUCAAAAGCAGACAGGUUAGCAGUGUUAAAGUUUAUUCCAAAAAGUGAAUGACAAAAGUGAAAGAAUGGCAGCAGGUGGAUUCCAGGGCGGUGAAACAGCGUCAGCAGGAGCAGUGGCGAGUGAGCACGAGGGAAAAAACCAGAGGGUUCUGCAGAUGAAGAGAGAGCAUGGAGGUUAGUGGGAGUCAGGAGGAGAAGGCACAAAAAAGGUAAGUAAUCCACAAAAAUCACGAGUAGGAAAGCUCAGAGGUUAGUCACCACAGGAGAUGAUGGAACGAUCUGGCAAGGGUUGACAGGAAAGCCGAUCCUCCUAUAGUCUGGAGGGAAGGCUGAUUACGCACAGGUGUGCGCAAUCAGCUGAAGGAAAGGAGGAGCUGCCCUGGAAUCUAUUAAAUCACGCCUUAAAGAAAAUUAUUCAGAAUAACAUAUCUAAGAUGCAGUCAUACAUUAGAGAUAAGCCUGCUUAACUGCCAUCCAUUUCGGUUAACUAGACAUCUGUUCUGGUUGCAGGUCAGUGUUAUUUACUAUUAAAGAAUUAAAGCCUGUUUUUACAAGCCAUAUCACAAAAUUCAUUUUUGAAUGUGUACCUGAGGGAUAUUUUUGUGAGAUCAUGUAGGUCUGUUCUUCAGGUUUAUUUUCAAGAGUUAAUGUGCUUUUUUCAUGAAAUGUUAUUUAAUGGGUUUGCCACACCUGCUGCAAAUGCAGAACUGGUCUAAACUGGACUGACAAAUUGCUUGUCACACUGGCUGUGGGUGGCAAGUCCUUCAGGUGUGAUUCAAGCUUAGGUCUUUGGUAUUCCUACUUUUGUUUUUUGUAUCCUCACAACUCCAAAAUAUUUAACUGUCUGAGAGCAUUUAUUUGAGUGUUAUUUAUUACCAUCAUUUGGUGAUUUUAAAUUAAAGGAAAGGAUAUUUAUUACAUAUUUAUUUACAGCUUAAUGUUACACUGAAUUUGUCACUUUAUUUG